AUGGGUCGCCUCGCCUCCGCGCUGGAGCUGCUGCUGAAGCCCACGAGUUUCGCCACCAGUGACGCUCCUCCGGAUGCGGAACCCUUCAACGGCGUAGACCUGGAGGAUGAAAGGCCGGAUGCUGGAAGCUACGACUAUUGGCAGGAGCGCGCGCCGACCUACGACGAGGACAUUUACAAGUCAAGCGAAGAGGAUCAGGGCCUCAUCCGCGGGGAGAUCGAAGCUGCCGCGGCCCGGGCCCGCCGUGGCCGGGGCUGGGCGGACGGCGUGUGCGAUGCCCCGCACCGUGGGGAGUGCGCCGCAGGAGGUCGUCACGAAGAGGUGCCGGAGGGCUUCCUCCCGGGCCAGGGCUUGCUGGCAAUUGACGCAGGCUGUGGCCCAGGUUUGUGGCUGCGUGGCCUGAGCAGCCGCUUCUCCCAUGUCAUUGGCCUGGACCAAUCCCAGAACCUUCUGGAGAAGGCCAAGGAGAACCAUGAGGAGCUGCUGAACGACAAGAGCCGCAAGGUGGACAUUCUGCCUGCAGUGGAUCUGGGCCAGCCAUGCGUCCACGAGCGUGGCCAGCAUGGAGAGGACUUUUGCGGCCCUGGCGUGCCAGGCGCCAAGCAGCAGGCAGACCUCGUGGCGAGUUUCAAUGUGCUCAUCUCCCCGAACAAAGAAUCCAGGGAGAACAUCCUGCGGCGCGAAGCUGAGAUGCUUCGCCCGGACCCCAGCUCCACUUUGCUGCUGCUCGUGCCCAGUGCGGAGAGUUACCGACGCGUGCGGGAUCUCUACCAGCAACAAGGCGUUGACAGCAACCUUGGCCGGUACAUUGACUAUGAGACGCCGCAUCCAGAGGAGGAGGCGGAGAAUGUGUUCCGCGUCUAUGCAAAGACCAAGCACUACACAAAGAAGGAGGCGUGCGAUAUGGUAGAGAAGGUUGGCCUCUCCUGUGACAAAGUCCUCAGCUAUCCAAUGCGCUGGAGAUAUGUCUACCCCUACGCAUCGGAUGAGGCUCUGGAGCAGCUGAAGCAGAGUCACCGGCCGCCGGCCCACGAGUGGAUCGUGGUGGCUCAUCCGAAAGCCUCGGCGGGCGUGGCAUCCACGGUUCUCUCGCGAGCACCCGCGGACUUCCUUUGA